CUCCCCAUAGCACCGGAUAGUGUGCGUGUGUGUGUGUUUGCCAAAUUUGGUGCUCUAAAACAUACAGUGCAGUAUCCGUUUCUAUUCCACAAAACAUCACCAGCAACGGUUUGCUUUUCACUGUGAAUCAAUCGCAGUAGUCGGGCAUUGGUUCCAGCCUUCCAUCGGGAAAGAAUGAAGCGGGAGGAUUUAUGGUUCGUGUGAGAAUUUUUUUUUCCUACCCCUAGUGAGUGUUGUGAAAGAUGUACCAGGUUAACGGGAAGCAAGGGCAACAUUUGGUAGGAAGGGUUACGAAAAAGGGAUUCAUUUAAUAUUUCACACCGUGUGAAAAAGGCAGUUAACACCUGUGAAGUGAAAAAUUACCCCAAACAUACACGCAAGCACACACACACCUGUGAAGAGUUGUGAACGGGGCAAAGAAAGAAGAGAAAAAAACACGUCUCCUAUCGAGUAACCUACGAUUAGAACCAUUUUGGCAAAGUGAGUUUUUGUUUUGUGUGUUAAGUAACGAGGGAAACCAUUUGGGAAAAAAGGGACCUGAAACACUUCUUUUAGCAGUCCUAAGUGAUGUAGAUUUGGGAAAAAGUGCGACUGAACAGUGCAAAACAUUUGUGGUAGAAAUGGAAAGUUUGACGAACAUUCUUCAAUCGAUAUCGCCCAGUCGUAGAGAGAUGGGAGUGCACCGUUUGCUGCAGACGGCGCACGAUUGAAGUGAAGCAAUGUCCACGGAAAGGGAACUAACUCCCGGAUCAACGCAGCAAUUGCACCCGCUGUCCUACUCGGAUAUGGCCACACACAUUCAACUGAACGGAGUAAUAAUGGGCAAAUCGUUUAAUGAAUCACCAUGGACUUCUUCGCCGCCAAGGCCUCCAAGUCCGUCUCAGUCGCAGACCAGCUUCGAUACACUCUCACCACCGCCGGCAGGUGCGACGGUCAACCCGACAACGGUGGCGACGACGACCGGAACGCAAGGUGCACAGGCACUCGGUGUCGUACCGGCCACACCACCGGCCCCACCAGACCUGCCGGUGUUCACAUGUCCGCGCCGUCCAAAUUUGGGCCGCGAAGGCCGACCGAUCGUGCUGCGGGCGAACCACUUCCAGAUAACGAUGCCGCGCGGCUAUGUGCAUCACUACGACAUCAACAUCCAGCCGGACAAAUGUCCCCGGAAGGUGAACCGCGAAAUCAUCGAAACGAUGGUGCACGCGUACAGCAAGAUGUUUGGCGCACUGAAGCCGGUGUUUGACGGGCGCAACAAUCUGUACACGCGCGAUCUGUUACCGAUCGGUAAUGAUCGGGUCGAGCUGGAGGUAACGUUGCCCGGCGAAGGCAAGGAUCGUGUGUUUCGUGUCACGAUCAAGUGGGUGGCGCAGGUAUCACUGUUCAAUCUGGAGGAAGCGCUCGAGGGUCGCACCCGACAGAUACCGUACGAUGCAAUACUGGCGCUGGAUGUGGUGAUGCGCCAUCUGCCGAGCAUGACGUACACACCGGUCGGAAGAAGUUUCUUCAGCUCUCCGGAUGGGUAUUAUCACCCGCUGGGUGGAGGCCGUGAGGUGUGGUUUGGUUUCCAUCAGAGCGUCAGACCAUCGCAGUGGAAAAUGAUGCUUAACAUUGACGUGUCGGCUACCGCCUUCUACAAAGCGCAACCGGUGAUCGAGUUCAUGUGCGAAGUGCUGGACAUUAGAGACAUUAACGAGCAGCGCAAACCGUUAACCGAUUCGCAGCGCGUCAAGUUCACGAAGGAAAUCAAGGGGCUCAAGAUCGAAAUUACCCACUGUGGUACGAUGCGACGAAAGUAUCGCGUCUGCAAUGUGACUCGAAGACCCGCACAAAUGCAAUCGUUCCCGUUGCAGCUAGAGAACGGCCAAACGGUGGAGUGUACGGUGGCGAAAUACUUCCUCGAUAAGUAUAAGAUGAAGCUGCGCUAUCCGCAUCUGCCCUGCCUGCAGGUGGGCCAGGAGCACAAACACACUUACCUUCCGCUGGAGGUAUGUAACAUUGUCGCUGGUCAGCGCUGCAUCAAGAAGCUGACGGAUAUGCAAACGUCUACCAUGAUCAAGGCAACUGCCCGUUCGGCACCGGAUCGUGAGCGUGAAAUUAAUAAUCUGGUACGACGGGCCGAUUUCAACAAUGACGCUUAUGUGCAGGAGUUCGGUUUAACCAUCUCGAACAACAUGAUGGAGGUGCGUGGACGUGUGCUUCCACCGCCGAAGCUACAGUAUGGUGGACGCGUUUCCAGCAUGAGCGGACAAUUACUCUCCGGUCCACAGAAUAAGGUGAGCUUAGCAUUACCAAACCAAGGGGUUUGGGAUAUGCGAGGCAAACAAUUUUUUACUGGCGUCGAGAUACGCGUGUGGGCUAUCGCCUGCUUCGCACCGCAGCGCACCGUACGGGAGGAUGCACUACGGAACUUUACCCAGCAGCUGCAGAAGAUUUCCAACGAUGCCGGUAUGCCGAUCAUUGGUCAGCCGUGCUUCUGCAAGUACGCCACCGGUCCGGAUCAGGUCGAGCCGAUGUUCAGAUAUCUGAAGAGCACGUUCAGUCACCUGCAGCUUGUCGUCGUGGUACUGCCCGGCAAAACGCCCGUUUACGCGGAAGUGAAGCGAGUCGGUGACACGGUUCUCGGUAUGGCGACGCAAUGUGUUCAGGCUAAAAACGUCAACAAGACGUCACCGCAGACACUGUCCAAUCUCUGCUUGAAGAUCAACGUGAAGCUGGGCGGAAUCAACUCGAUCCUGGUGCCAUCGAUCAGACCAAAGGUAUUCGACGAGCCUGUUAUUUUCCUUGGCGCCGAUGUAACACAUCCACCGGCCGGUGAUAACAAAAAGCCCUCAAUAGCGGCCGUGGUCGGUUCGAUGGAUGCGCAUCCGUCGCGGUACGCAGCGACGGUGCGCGUACAGCAGCACCGGCAGGAAAUUAUUCAGGAGCUGAGCAGUAUGGUGCGCGAGCUGCUAAUCAUGUUCUACAAAUCGACCGGCGGUUUCAAGCCGCACCGCAUCAUACUGUACCGGGACGGUGUAUCGGAGGGUCAGUUCCCGCACGUACUACAGCACGAGCUGACCGCUAUUCGGGAGGCGUGCAUAAAGCUAGAGGCAGACUACAAACCAGGCAUCACGUUCAUCGUGGUGCAGAAACGUCACCACACACGGUUGUUCUGUGCGGACAAGAAGGAGCAGAGUGGUAAAUCGGGCAACAUUCCAGCCGGUACGACCGUCGAUGUGGGCAUCACCCAUCCGACCGAGUUCGAUUUUUACCUGUGCAGUCACCAGGGUAUUCAGGGUACGAGUCGUCCGUCCCAUUACCAUGUACUCUGGGACGACAAUCACUUCGAAUCGGAUGAGCUGCAGUGCCUAACGUACCAACUGUGUCACACGUACGUGCGGUGUACUCGAUCCGUUUCCAUUCCAGCUCCUGCCUACUACGCACAUCUGGUUGCAUUUAGGGCGAGAUACCACUUGGUCGAGAAGGAGCACGAUUCUGGCGAAGGAUCUCACCAGAGCGGUUGCUCCGAGGACAGAACACCGGGUGCGAUGGCACGUGCCAUUACCGUACAUGCCGAUACCAAAAAGGUUAUGUACUUUGCUUAAAUCAGCAGCAACAGUUUACACAGGACGACGAGACACAGGCGGCACCACGGCCACGUGUCUGAGAAGGCGUGCAGGAGAUGGAAAACAAAUCAAAAAACACAAAAACGAACAACAUUCUAGCUUCCCAAAAUGCGCACCCUUACUCGCUUCUGCUGCAAUGGAAGCAGGUGUUGAUGGGAGAAACGUCGCACCAGCAUUAGCAAUAGCAGCAGGAGUCGCAGCAGCAGCAGCUGCAAGAUGUGCAAGAUGGUUAAUCCAAUUCAAGUACUAUUUUAUAUCCAGAUCUCGCCCGUUUAUUGGUGUAAUGCCGCCCACUGAUGCUUUAAUUUUUGGACCAUUAUUCUUAAAAAGUGAAUCGUGCUUUAUCUCCCCCACCCCAACCCCAACGCUUGCCCUACAUAGAAAGUUGUGUAUUUGCGAUUAACGCACACGAUCAGAAUCACGAAAUUAGUAUGGCAACACAAUGAUACACACCGUGCGUUUUAUCAUUGCAUCACUUCUCAAAGAAAAGUGUCAUUUAUGAAUUGCAACUCAGACGGAUGAAUUGUUAAAAUUUUUAAAUGCAACCCAUGUCGAUGCAUGUAGGAAUACAGUGUAUAGGUUAACGUUUAUUUUUUAAACACAUCAUAUUAUUAUUUUAUAGUGGUUGCGAUAAAACCAUACCUUUUUUUUGCUUCCUUAAGAGCUCAGUACCAGUAGCAGAGUGUAGCUGUGGGAUGAUGAGAACAAAUUCAAUACCCAUCGUGGUUUAGUUAUUUUGUCUUGACCUGAUAAUAUAGAAUUAAAAUCGAACGAUUUGUUGCUCCAUUUUUUUUUUGCUGGUAAAACACACCGCUACAAACACUAAAAACAGCUUAGUGCUGAUAGUAAUGUAUGUAAAGUAUGUAGUCUAUAAUAGUUUAGUACAAUUGAAUUACAAGGGAUUUUUAUGUCUUAACGUGUAAGCGAACCUGUACCGUUUACUUUGCAAAUCAAAUGGCUAAUUUAAUGUGCUAAGCUUCUUAUUUCAACUUAUGUUACGCAUCGUUUGCAGUAGAAUAAGCCAGAACAACGAUAGGGGUUAGGUAUCUUUUUUAGUUGACGUCGAACGGCUAGAUGUUGCAGUAUAACGGAGCAGUUUCCACUACCGUGUGCCGUUAGUACGUACCGAAAGUGAUUGUGUCAGCGAAAUGUGUCCUCCAUUAUCAAAAACAAAACUAGUUUCUGUUUCACACUGCUCAAAAGCACCAACCGUCUUUCCGUUGGACGUUUCGUCCACUUCUCAGGCGGAUCACAGUGUUUGUCCUCUACGAGAUCUCCGUACCUCAGUUUAAAUCACAACCUCUAUUGUGCGCCCUGACGAAAAAACAUUGCUUACAGCUCAAAAAUACGUGAAUAAUGUUUGCAUAUAAGGUUAACUACUGCUUUUUAAUACUAGCACAAGCUCUCACUACUUACAAGUUAAGCCCUUCUCUCACAACACCACACACCCAUCAGCUUUAUUCUGUUGUAAAUAGUGUUUCAAAAUUGUUUCACUGUUGCGCUUUGUUUUGGGCGCGUUUUUUCCCUAAAAGUAGUAGAUGCGAUCGUUUUGAUUUAAAUGAAAUAUUUAUCCUUUUCGUUACCGGCGUAACGUGUCUAAACACGUGGUCCGGGAAAGAGCGUGCAGCGCGUUUGUUUGCCUCAAACGACAGCGCACAACAGUUUAAUUGUGCCGGGAAUUCUUCAGAAGAUUUAACACAAUCAAACCAAACUGUUCAACACAUUUACAUUUAAGGAUUGUCGCAUGACCGGGAAAAGGGAAAGUUGUGCGCCGGGAAUAAACAAAACAAAAAUCGAAUAAGCAACCUAUUUACGCCAACGAAAAAUUCAUCAAACAUUAAACAAAAUCAAGAAUUAGAUGAUGUAAGAAGUGAAUGUGAACGUAGAUUCUUACAGAAAACAAAACACAACCAACCGAAAAGCAGAAUACGGUUGUCAGCCGCAUGUACCAUAGGGUGAAAUAUAUUUAAAGCGUGUAACAAUUGUACAGGAACACGGUAUGAUUGUCACGAAUCAGAUCAAUCCCCUCUCGAAUUGCAGGAGGCUUUUAUUAAUGGAAAAUUGUGUCAAAAGUACGAUGCCACAAGAUGAAGAAGAGGGAGUAGAAAGAUAGUAAGGGGAGUGACAUGAUGUCCUUUUUAAAAAAACAAAAAGGGAAGCGAGUUACAGCAUGGAAUGUACUACAGAUGAAGUCUGUGCAGAUGUGUGCAGGUGCAGCUGCAGUAGAAAUCGGGCUGCUACACUUAAUCGUAUGAUACUUAUAUAGUAAGAAGAAACGAUUUGUAUUUGUUUUUUUUUUCUUGUAUUGGUUUGCACGUUUUGCGAUCGAGUUCAACCAUGAGCGAAUUAACCCACCCAGAACCAUAAUACCAAUAACCGACAGAACCCAGACAGGCAAGUCGUAUUAUUCUUAUUUCACGAAAGCGGAAGGAAGGAUGUAGCAAAAGACAGUAGCUAAUCAAAACCAAGUUUCCUUUUGCAGUGCUUUAGCACAUUGUGUAGUGUCGAUCGCAUGAAGGUUUCAGCAAAUGCUCCGGUACGGGAAGCUACAUCAAAUAGCGCGAACCAAAUUGAACCGUAACAACAUGGCGUGACAUGCGUCCACCAUUGUAUGUUUGGUGCGUGAGUGUGUAUGUGUGUGUAUUUAAAUGGAAAUGGUGUAGCAAGCUUUACCCGCUCGGACCAUCCCAUCUGUGUAGUGUAGGGUUUGAACAAUGUUCCAACACUACAAACACACUCAAAUCAAGUCUCUUAGCAUUAGCAGACAUCCACAUUCGUUCAGUUAUUAAUAAGUGUAUACUUUGCGCAGCCAUUUUGCUUUCUCAUUGAAAGAUCAUCUUUCAAGCUGAUAGGUUUAAACGAGUUGGCAAAAACGAGGAACACAGAAAUAUCACAUGUAGAAAAACAAAACUAUUUAUCACAAAGAAAGGGACGCGACACCGUGUGGUGGCGUGAAGGACGCGCAUUGAAGGAUUUUAAUAAAAGGCUAAUUUGUAGUGUGUGAUCAUGAUGCAAGAUGGUGUUAGUCAAGAGUUGCUCGUUUGGGUUGGGAUUGUGUGGCUUCCUUAUUUAACUUUAUCCAAGCCAAGAGAAAGAGAACAAAACAAGAAUGAUGAAUGAUUCUAUAAACAUAAAAGGUUAGAUAUUUGUUUCCAGAUAGUGGAAAUAGAAUGUCAAGUGGUGUACGGUGUACGAUGGAGUCACACAGCAGGUACUCGCGCUAGUACCGCAUCCAUCAAACAAACCAGACAUAUUAGAAAGGGGGUCAAUGUGCCACCAAUAAGAUGAAACUUGAGACCGGGAAUUAGAAUGUAAGGCAUAAACAAAUAAUAUGAAAAGUACUUUAUUAUAAAUGAUUACCGAUAAAAUGGCGUCGAUCACCCCCCAAAUUGCUACAUUCUCAGCAAACGGGAUCAUCUCGAUAAGAUCAACAGAAGAAUGCAAGACAUGGAACACAAAAACUAACACUCUACGAACAUAUACACAACUUGCCGCAUAGUUGAUGCAUAGCGGUGUAACAAAGGGACGCCCAAUACAUUAGGAUGUACACAAGUGUGUGUGGUUUUUUUUUAUUUCGUUUGUAUUGUUUUAUUUAUUAAGCAAACACAAAACCACAAGCGCAACUGAGAAAGGUUUCUCCAAAAAACAACAGCAACAAACAAUCUAGAAAACUCACAUACACAUAUAGGUUUAUGCAGAUGUUGUUUUAAAUCCAUGGGCGGCUGGUUCCCUUUUGUGGCAGCGACGUUUACCACAAAUGGUUAGUAAGGAACGAGGUUUGCUGAAUGUUUUAGCUGUAAUUACAACCGAAGCACAAGUCGAUCGGGGGUUUCGCUUUUCAAUAGCCGUUCUACAUACGUAUAGUACACAUUUCUUCACACUCUCCAUUGGAAGGAAUUCUUUCACGUGAAUUUUACUGUGCAUGUAAUUGGGUGAGCGACUAAGAGAAAAAAAAUCCCCAUCCUUGAGGUCUUUAUCCCUUUUUGUCUGCUAAAGUUGAAACACGAGUGAGAAUGACCAAACAUAACAUAGUGGAGGGGAAGAAACGAAUGUAAUAAACGAUAUGGAAGCGCGCGAAACAUAGAAAAGAAGCACACAUCGAAUGAAGAAACGUGACAAAUGAAACCAACACACAACACAGUGACCAAACACACAAAAAAAAACUAAAAAACGCAGACGCUGAAUGUAUGGGCCGUAAUGAGAGAGGUAACAAAAAUAACUAUAUUCAACUUAUACAAGGGAUUUAUAACAUAUUAAGGUAGUCAAAAAAGCAAACAAGGGAAAAACAAAAUCCAAUGUGUGUGUGUGUAGGCGGAGUAAUCAUUAUUGAGCAACAGCAAAAGAAAAAAAAACAA